AUGGCCCGGCUGCCCCACCGAACGUACCCCGGCACCGCUGCGGGGGCCAAGCCCGUGCGGCCGGGGCAUCGCCGCUCCCCUUCCUGCCAGCCCCGCUCCAGGGAAAAGCUCCCCCGGAGGCUGCCAAUCUCCGAGGCGCUGCGCGCAGCCCCGCCGGGCGGGCUGGGACCGGGACCGGGACCGGACUCACCCGCACCCUCCUCACCCUCCUCCUCCUCUCCUCUCCUUCCCGCAGGGGCGGCGGUGCCCGCGGAGCCCCUCACUCACCCGUGCCGGCCGCGGAGCCGCUCCCCGCCGCGCUGCUGGCUCAGACCCAACCCGUACCAAGCCAGCCUGCUCCAGGACAGCGUGAGGAGGUACCUGCAGCUGCCAGCAGACCAGACAGUGCUGAUCCUGCACGCCAAAGUCGCACAGAAGUCCUACGGCAACGAAAAAAGGUUUUUCUGCCCCCCACCUUGUGUUUACCUGAGCGGGCCGGGAUGGAAGUUAAAGCAGGAGCAGAUAAAAGCCAGGGACCUGGGAGAGGCUGGAUUUCGGGUGUGUGGGUACAUGGGGCUGGACAGCAUGGGCAGCAGCCUGAUGGAGACCCAGAAGCUGAGCUUUGAGGAGCAGCCAGAUGCAAAGGGGUUCAGCUGUGCCAAGGCCCUGUACAUCUCGGACACGGACAAGCGCAAGCAUUUCCGCCUGGUCCUGAAGCUCUUCUUCAGCAACGGGCAGGAGAUCGGCACCUUCCACAGCAAACUCAUCAAGGUCAUCUCCAAGCCCUCGCAGAAGAAGCAGUCGCUGAAGAACACAGACCUCUGCAUCUCCUCAGGCUCCAAAGUGUCCCUCUUCAACCGCCUGCGCUCCCAGACCGUCAGCACCCGGUACCUGUCUGUGGAGGGGGGAGCCUUCAUCGCCAGCGCCAGGCAGUGGGCAGCCUUCACCCUCCACCUGGCCGACGAGCGCUGCGCCCGGAGCGAGUUCCCCCUGCGGGAAGGGUACAUCCGCUACGGCUCCGUGGUCCAGCUGGUCUGCACGGCCACCGGCGUCACCCUGCCGCCCCUGAUCAUCCGGAAGGUGAUGAAGCAGUAUGCCAUGCUGGACGUGGAUGAGCCCAUCUCCCAGCUCCACAAGUGUGCCUUCCAGCUCCAAGGCAGUGACCACAUGUACCUGUGUCUCUCCACAGACAAAGUGAUCCAGUUCCAGGCAUCUCCCUGCCCGAAGGAAGCCAACCGGGAGCUGCUGAACGACGGCUCGUGCUGGACCAUCAUCAGCACGGAGACGGUGGAGUACACCUUCAGCGAGAGCCUGGCGUGUGUCCGCGAGCCCGUCAGCCCCGUGCCGCUCAUCGCUGCCCUGCAGCUCACAGGUGGUGGGGACGUGGCCAUGCUGGAGGUGCAGGGGGAGUAUUUCCAUGCACACCUCAAGGUCUGGUUCGGAGAUGUGGAAGCAGAGACAAUGUACAGGAGCCCCAAGUCCCUUGUGUGUGUCGUCCCUGACGUCUCUGCCUUCGGCAGCGACUGGAGGUGGCUGCGAUAUCCCAUCACGGUCCCGCUCCUGCUGAUCAGGGACGAUGGCCUCAUCUACUCCAGCUCGUUCACAUUUACCUACACCCCAGAGCAGAGCUGCAUCCCAGGCCAGCAGGUCCUCUCAGAUGUUCCCCAGGACUCAGACAAAUUACUCGACAGCAUCCACCAGGAGUUUACCAGGACCAACUUCCACCUCUUCAUGCAGACCUAGCAGGCUAGGCAGGCACAGGCUUGGCCUCACCGCUGGCCUAGGGAAGGGGAACAGCCCUGAGCCAUGCUGGGGGGCUCAUCCAGGGCUUGGGGGGCCCUGUCAAAGGGUCCUCCCUGCUCACUGAACACACACCAUGCUCCUGUGAUUUACUGAUUUCUCUCUCUCUCACAGCAGCAUCUUACACUGCUGAGAUCUCACAUGAGAGCAUCAAUAAAUCAGG